UUCAGUUUGUUACAUCUACAAGAAAUCCCUCCUGGAUUUGCAAUCUGUACUCAGUUAGGAGUCAAUCCACUAAGUAGGGAGUAUACAUACGAAGUAUAUUACAGCACGGAUUGAAGAUGGAAAUGAACGGGAAGACAAACACAUGGGCAAUGAAAAACGGGAGCGGGCUGGCAAUCUUGACAAUAUUGCUACUCCUAUUGUACUUCUGGCGGACAAUCCUUCCCAGCAGAGAGAUGAUCCUUCUGGAAGCAAACAAACGGCGGCGCGUGAAUCACAUCAUAGUGCUGGCCGGGCAGAGCAACAUGGCCGGCCGGGGAGGAGUGGUGCCCAAGAUGAUCGGAAACGAGAGCAUAAGAGUAUGGGACGGCACCGUCCCGCCGGAGAGUGGCCGGAAUCCGAACGUCUACCGGUUCAACGAGAAAUUCCAGUGGGAGAUAGCGCAAGAACCGAUACACGCCGGGAUUGGGUGCACAAUAACAUGCGGGGUCGGGAUCGGAAUGGCGUUCGCGAAUAAGCUGCUGGCGUUGGACCCGGGGUUCGGGACGGUCGGCCUGGUCCCCUGCGCCGCCGGCGGGACGUCGUUGAAGAACUGGACGAGCGACACGGAUUACCCUUACCGGAGUUUGCUGGGGAGGACGAGAGCGUCGCUGAAGACGGGUGGGGUCCUCAGGGCGGUGCUGUGGUACCAAGGCGAGAGUGACUGUAAGUACUAUGUUUUCGCUAAGAGUUAUAGACAGAAUAUCCGCCGGUUGAUUUCCAGGUUGCGCACUGAUUUGCAAUCCCCCAUGCUUCCCUGGUUCGAGGUAAUCAUACCGACGCCAAAGCCACCAUUUGAAGGACCAUUCAUAGAAGAUGUGAGGAAAGCUCAACAGGAACUGGACUUGCCAAAUGUGAUAAAGGUGGAUGCCGAUGGACUGCCAAUUGGGCCGGACGGGAUUCAUCUCACCACCGAGAGCUACGUCCGGUUGGGCCAUAUGCUGGCCCAUGCCGUUCUAAAGAACAAAUCAUUGUUACUAUCAUACAAUACUAACAACACGAGACUUUCAAACAACACUACUUUACGUGUUCCUACUUAAUUAUUUUGCUGUCACAUAUCCUUCCACGAGUUUUGCGGCAUACACAAUUUGUCUUUUAAUUUUUAAAUCCAAAUUUCUGUAUAUUGCCUGCUUGGAAAAUAUUUGGAAUGCUACUCUUGUUCCAA